GCCACUUCUGAUCAAGUGGUCCAUAAGCAAGAUGGGCUUUUCUUAUCAGGUUGGGCCACUUCUGCUCAUUUACCAUGGAUCUCAAAUGGGAAACGUCUUGGUCCGAAGUGAGAGAGAAAAUAACGAACUCUUUCUCUAUCCCUUGAUCUCUGUGCUUAAGCUUCACUGAACUGAAAAUGGACUCUCUCGCUCUAAUUUCAACGCCUCUCUAUCCUCACCGCGCUUCUCUCUCUGCCCAACUCCGCCACCGCCGGAAUGGCCUCCUCCGCCACCCUUCUCGAAAGUCCGUACUGCCCUCGAUCAAAUGCGUUUUCGAUUCUCACCUACCUACAACCCUGAAACCCCUCUCUGACUCUCAAUCCCUAGACACAAGAGAUAGCCUCUCACUUCUUAUCAACUCGGCCCCGAGAAUGCCGCCCAAUACAAUGCGUGGAGGUGAGGGCGACGCCAUAGGUUUACUGUUCAAGGAGAGGAUCGUCUUUUUGGGGAACGAGAUCGAUGACUUCGUAGCUGACGCUGUUAUGAGCCAGUUGUUGCUGUUAGAUUCUCAGGACCCCACUAGAGAUAUUAGGCUCUUCAUCAAUUGCCCUGGUGGUUCACUGAGUGCCACGAUGGCUAUUUUGGAUGUUGUACAGCUGGUAAGAGCUGAUGUAUCAACAGUUGCCCUUGGAAUUUCAGCAUCCACAGCUUCUCUAAUACUUGCUGGUGGCACAAAAGGGAAGCGUUUGGCUAUGCCUAAUACUCGAAUCAUGAUACAUCAACCACUUGGAGGUGCGAGUGGGCAGGUAAUUGAUGUUGAAAUUCAGGCCCGAGAAAUCAUGCAUAACAAACAAAAUGUAAUAAGGAUACUUUCCAAUUCCACCGGUCGAUCAUCUGAACAAGUUGAGAAAGAUAUCGAUAGAGAUCGCUACAUGUCCCCAAUUGAAGCAGUGGAGUAUGGCCUUAUUGAUGGAGUUAUUGAUAGAGAAAGCAUUAUUCCACUUGAACCCGUUCCUGAACGGGUUAAAUCUACAUUGAGCUCAGAAAUCACUAAAGAUCCAGAGAAGUUCCUUACUCCAGAGAUCCCUGAUGAUGAAUUAUAUUAGCUGGUGUGGUAUGGCACUUUGAGGCAUUUAAUCAUCAUAGAUUCAUAGCCAUGAAGAUAUGGACACUGUACUCGGUAACUUGUCACUCAUUUUAUCCUUCCAACUGAAGAGCUCUUCUGAAUUACGACUCUUGGAUCUCGUUUUCAUGAAGAAGGCAUUGAUGCAUUUCCAGAAUUACCGAUUUCCGUGUUGUAGAUUUGCAUUGACAAUAUAGUUCGACCCGCAGCAUUUUUCUUGAAAACAUUGAAGCUCGUUGACCGUAAGAGGUUUGAAUAUUCAACGUGUAAGUGUUUAUCGUUUGGAUAUGGAUGAAACUUCAAAGUUUGGAUAUUCUAUGUAUGGUACAAUGUCAAGAGGAACUGGCUCUUGUAUUAAUAUAAGUAUAUUAGUCUAGUAAAUGGUUUCAUGCAUACCCAACCUAUAAAGUGAUUUUCUACAACAAUGCAAGU